CCGUUGUGUUGAAAUUCAAGAAGUGAUUAACUGGCUUUGAAAAACUUGAAAAGACAGAAAAGCACCUCAAACUCUCUCCCUUGAUCCUGGACGUUUCUAUUGCGACCUCGGCGUCGACUUCCGGUCGAUAUGGAGAAAGAUCAAUGGCUUGACGACUGCGUCCAGACCAAAUCCAAUCAUACAGGAAGAGAUGAGCACGGAGGAAGCACCGAGAACAGCGCCAAAGUAACUUUAAUGACUCGAGAAUUAGGUGAUUUGAUAUCCGUAAAAAUGGGUUCAAAACCACACUCCACACCUCUCACUCUCAAAUGGCUAGAGGAGAAUUACGAGGUAGCUGAAGGCGUCUGUAUACCCAGGAGCACUCUAUACACACACUACCUUGAAUUCACAGAGAAACACGACAUACAGCCGGUGAAUGCAGCAAGUUUUGGCAAGAUCAUCCGUCAGCCCUUCCCACAGAUUACAACGCGACGCCUCGGAACCAGGGGCCAGUCAAAAUACCAUUAUUAUGGUAUAGCUGUCAAGCCAACUUCCAUAUUUUAUGACGUCAUGUAUUCAAAGCGAGAAAUACAAAGCGAUGGCAUCGAUGGCAAACGGGAUACCAAACAUCAGUUGCUGACCUACUCCCCUCGGAUGAAGCUUGGCACAUUAUUGCCAGAGUUCCCACAGCUCAGCGACAUCAAACUGCCAGCCAGUGUUUCAGAAGAAAAGGUUUCAACAUUCGUAAUGAUGUACCGAACGCAUUGCCAGAGAGUUCUAGACACAGUAAUCAGGGCCAACUUUGAUGAGGUCCAGAAUUUACUUCUGCAUUUUUGGCAAGGGAUGCCUCAACACAUCGUUCCAAUUAUGUCCUGCCGGGAGGUGAUAAUUGUUGUUGGCAUAUGCGACAGCAUUCUCUACAAGGCCAUAUCAAAUGUGCUCAUGCCAAGUGUGCUGCAUGCUUUGCCCGAGAGUCUGACUCAGGUUAUCCGUAAAUUUGCAAAGGAUUUGGAAAACUGGCUACAGAUGGCGCUGAACGACCUACCCGGGGAACUUCGGAUGAUGAAGUUUGGAUUGGCCCGUAGAUUCUCCACUCUCCUCAGGCGCCAGACUUCCCUGAAUCACCUCUGCCAAGCAAGCAGGUCCGUGGUCCUGAGCACGGAGCUGACCGCUCAGAUGUUGGAGGACUGGUCCAAUAUUGACCUGGGAAGCAUAUGUAAACAGACGUUGUACACGAUGGAUAUGUACAGGGAAAAGGACCAUGAGACCAUUGUUGAAUUGUACUCCGAGUUCCAGUGCCUUUUAGAAUCGAGAGCACCUACCGAAUCGUACAUAGACUGGCUGAAUAAAAUGGUGGAUCGAUGCGUCGUCAGGCCUAGUACAAAGACGUCAGGAAGCCUGAAGCGAAGGGCCCGCGACUUUCUGUUGAGGUGGUCCUGUUUUGGAACACGGGUGAUCCGCGAUAUGACACUACACAGCGCAACCAGUUUUGGCUCCUUUCAUCUUCUUCACUUGAUGUUUGAUGAUUACGUGCUGUUGUGUGUAGAGGGCCUCCACACACAAGAGAGGACGAACGAGUUGGUUAGGAUGAUUAGUGCCACAGCGGACAGCAGCGAUCAUAUUGAGGCGCUCUUCAACAGCAGCUGUUUCCGAAGCCCGCCGAUGAUGUCGCAUUCUGCCAUGGUGGAACAGGUCCAAAUGAAAAAUAUGGAGCAGUUCGAGUUUCAGCCAGUGGAAAGGGACACUGUGAUCACGACUGUUUCAGAAAGCUAUGUCGAAGACGAAUCGAAUGACUCUGGCAUGGACUCAAUGUCCGUCACCGGCCAGAUUUCUUCAGUCAAUGACCACUUCGCCAUGUCCUUCAACAAGCACAAUAUCCAGGUGAACGCUGAAAUAGCCUCCAUUUCAACUGAUUCCGCAUCUAACACCACGGCAUCAGAGGGAAAUUAUGACGGGACACAGGAAGAGGGUUUCCAAAUGGAUGUAUCGCCGGCGCAUGCACAAGGCAUUAGCGAUAAAAGCGAUACCGGACCGAAUGGGAAUGACAACUACGUUAAGUACAGUAGUUACUGUAAUGGCCCACCACAGGGACAAACGCCACAGGCAGCUGAGCCAGGUUCAUGUGUUUAUGAACAGUAUUCAAGUAACGGCACACAGCCCCCCUACUGGGCAGACCAGGACAUAGUGUCGUACAACCGACAGCAACAGGAAAUACGGGACUGGCAAAGCAACUACGCACAGGCUUGUCAGACUUACAGUGAAAGCGUUGAAAAGGCAGUAUCGAGGAAGAGUCAGCCCUACUCGAAUUGUAAUAGUGCAAGCGACGAGUACGGCUCCUACCCGUAUGCGUACCUCUCGCAGCAGGGACCUGGGCCGUUUCUCUCGGAGGCCAACAUUGCCUACAAUAGUGCCUACGUAAGAAGGAACAAUUUCUGUUCGACGUGA